ACUCCACGGGCAUCUUACUCACGUUUCUGUGCGCGCUUGUUUCGUCUUCGUUCGCCGCCAUCAUUACGAAGACGAAAGAGGUUGGUUUUGCUGAUUUUUGCGUGGUAGUGCAGUUUUACUAAAUCCAGCACAAAUGAAGAUGGUGGAUAAGAUAGAAAUGAGCCUGGAUGACAUUAUUAAGCAAAAUAAAGGGACCAGACCGCGCGGAGGUGGUGGCAGACGCGGUAGAGGUGCCGGUAACUCACCUCGUAGAGGAGCACGCAGAACUCAAAGAGUUGGUGGUGGCGUCAUGCGGGGACGCAGUCGUGGUGGCAUUACACGAAAUUCUUUACCAUAUACAAGGGGUGAUGUAAACAGUGCUUGGAAGCAUGAUAUGUUUGAUGGAGUAAAAAAGGUUGGCCGAAGUGCUAUAGGUAGCGCAGGAACAACUAAACUUCUCGUAUCCAAUUUGGACUUUGGUGUAUCAGAUUCAGAUAUUCAGGAAUUAUUUAGUGAAUUCGGUCCCCUGAAGUCAGCAGCAGUACAUUAUGAUAGAUCAGGCCGAUCUUUAGGCUCUGCAGAUGUUAUAUUUGAAAGAAGAGCAGAUGCUAUUAAAGCGAUGAAACAGUAUAACGGCGUUCCACUAGAUGGUCGUGAAAUGAACAUACAAGUAGCUACCUCUGAAAUACCCGUCACGUCUAUCCGUGGAGGCCCGAGACUUACCGGCAGUAAUUACACACAGAGACCUCAGCCCCGCUUUAGGGGUAAUCGUGGAACAGGAUCCAUCAGAGGACGUGGAACUGGUCGACGCGGUGGUAGAGGAGGCAGUCGACAACCAACGAAAACUCCCACAGCUGAAGAACUAGAUGCUGAAUUGGAAGCUUAUGUAAAAGAAGUAAAGUAACAACGUCACAAACCUUCACAAUCUUAAGAUUUUGUUCUGAUCUGACUUAACACGGUACAAUGUGUUUCCCUAAUUUUCAUGAGAAUAUAUAAAAUAAGUAUAACUGUAUCAUUAGCAAAAUGUUAUAACAGAUUUCUUUUAAA